AUGUUAGUCUACAAGAUAAAACUACAGCGCACUGGUACACGACUCCAUUCAAAAACAACUUUCAAGAAAAUAAUUUGCUUGGACCAUGCUAUUGGUGUCCUCAGUUACAUCACCUGUGCUGAUGGACAAAAACCGCUUAGAAGGGAUGGAGAUGGUCUUAGAGGUACACCUCAUUCUCAUUACGAUAGAAGAGUAUUCAAACAAGAUUGGUUACAUUCCCGAGAAAAACAGUGUUGCUUAGUACUCACAGAAAUUUCAGAAUUAGCAUCUGAAGGUGGUAAAGACUUGGAAAAAUACACAUCUGAAAAAAAACUUUAUGAUAAAUCCGCAUGUAGAUGUGAUAGAGGUGCCGAAGGAAUAAGGUAG